AUGGGGAAUGGAUCGUCCGUGAGAAAUUUGGGACAGAGUUUAGCGAGAUUCUCGAGGUGGUCGACGAGGGCGCUGACGUGCGGGAGCUCAUCGGUGGUCAGAUCAAGGGACGGGAGCUCCGACGUCGACUAUGAAGAUCACCUCCGGAGACUUGGAACUGCGAAUGAUCGUAUGAAACAAUACUGGAAGAAUGAUGGUUGUCCAAAGGCGAAACUCAAACAUUUCCGAAACCUCGGUUGUCUCGCACGCGGGACAUUUGGAAUCGUCCACAAAGUGCAACAUCUUAGAACCCGCAAGGAAUUCGCGUUGAAACGUCAAUUCAAAGAAAUUCUGCGACGAAAGAACAACCAGACAAGACCGGGAGUGGAGAGGAGAUUGCAAUGGGCAGCGAAAAACCGCUUCAUCGUAGGACUGGAAUACGCAUUCCAGGACUCCCAGAACCUAUACCUCGUCAUGGAAUAUGCACCGUACGGUGACCUCGCGGAAGCAGUGAGCCGGAGUCCCCUUCCUGAGAAGCAGACAAGACUGGCCUCAGCUCAGAUAGUGUUAGGUCUCGAGUUUCUCUUCGCGAGCGGGAUAUGCCAUCGAGAUCUGAAGCCUCUGAACAUUUUUAUUUUUGAACGUGGUAUUUUGAAAAUCGGGGAUUUCGGCCUCGCCAAGGCGAUGAAAAAAGGCGAACUUACGCAUACGAUGCUUGGAACUGAACGAUACAUGGCUCCAGAGAUGUUCAGCUCGAUGGGAUACGGCACAGCCAUCGACCUUUGGGCUCUCGGUGUCCUGAUCUUCGAGUGUCUGUACGACGAGAACCCCUUCACUGACGAGCAGCGGAAGCAACUGCAGUGUAAGGAACCCGACAGAAAAGUAUCGCCAGGUUUCCCCUCCGACGUGCCACGAGACUCUCCAAAUCGUGACUUCCUUUGCGGCUUGCUUGAACUGGACCCGAAACGCAGACUCGGCGUCGGGGGGCAAGACUUCAGGGCGCUCAAGGAGCACGCGUUCUUCCGAGGCAUUUCAUUCGAGCGCGUCUAUUCCCACGAAUUGACAAUAAAUGUUAGAGUCGAACCCGUAAAGCCGAAAGAACCGACACAGGAAGACAGAGAAUGGCCGCAGUUCGAUGACAACUAUGACCCAGAGGAGUUCCCGCUGUUCGACUGA